AUGAGGGACGCCCCACCGGGAGAGGAGAGCGGGAUAUACUACAUCAUCAUCAGCGGCCUGCCCUUUGCCACCAUCUGGCAGCUCCUCAAAGACUGGCUACGGCAGGCCGGGUGCGAUGUCGACCACAUUGAGGUGUUCCAGAAGUCUACGUCUGGAUGGGUCCGCCUGAUUGGCAAAGAGAACUUUGAGCGAGCAUUGCAUCAUCUCCAGACAGUCCCGUACAACAACCGGCUCCUCCUCUACUUGGACAAGAACAGGACGGAGCCCGUCAAGAUCAUGGAACUCAUUGACGAUCCGCCGCCGAAGCCGAAGCUCGGUGGAAACUCUCGGGCGGCCCGCUCGAAGAGCAGGCACAACACCAGGCUGAGAGACCAGGAGCACGGCCGCCCUCAAGCCACUGUUUGUGCCAACUACCCCGGUGGUCCCGUGAUGACAAGCCCGACCUUGGAAGUCCCAUCUGCCGCGUGCUAUCGUGGGACAUCGGUGACAGAAGUGACAGAGUCUUCUAGAGCACAAAAUGUGCCGCGAGAUCGAUACGCCGUACCGACAGAACCCAUCGUCAGGGGCGGCUGGAGCUUGGAGUACGGUUCGAUGCACACCCCAGACUACCGACCCUUUGAACAACCGGGCCAUGCGGCCUCUCUGAAAAGAGAUCGAGAGGCUUUGAGCCGCCGCAAUCUUCGCUUCGACGGCGUCGGCAGCAGGCAAUUCAAACCACCUUCCCGAAUAGGGAGUGCCACCACGCUCUCCGAUUCCGACCAGAGGGUGCAAAACAGCAACGAUGAGUGUUUCAAGGUACAGAUCAUGUCCCUAGGGCAAUGGACCAGCCCGAGGGACGUGGAAGAAUGGAUCCGUCGCAGCAUGGGAGAGUGGGCUUCUGCCAUGAACAGCAUCGACAUUCCGUCGGGCCAUCAGAAAGGUUCUAUCCGAGAUUCGGGCUACAUCACCUUCCUGAGCUCGGCGGCCGCCAAACGAGCCGUCGAGCUGCUUAACCAGAAGCCGUUCCUGGGGCGUGCCGUCAGCGCACGGCUCGUCGACGAGAACAAGCAGAGCAGGGGCCAAGGGGAGCAGAGGGGUCGAGACGACCCCGGCCAGUCAAGUCCAACCGGUCGCUCGGCGAAUGACAACCAAGGCGCCGUCGCGUCUGUUCCGUGCGAUCCUAGAGACAAGGCGGACGCCAAGCAUGCGCCCCCGGUCAUCGCACACGGGACCCACUACAGGCCAAAGUGA